UGUCUCAUCUCAUUUAAUCUGUUCUCGAGUGCCAGUCAAGAGGUGGAAGAAGAAGGGCUUCAGGAGAUGUCUCGGAAGAAGCGCGUGAUGUUGCCGGUGGCGGAGGUCGAUAUCUCCAACAUCAAAUACACGCCGCAACACAUACAAGCUCCACAUUUGACUGGCUUUGGAUUUAUGCUUUUCACUUGGCUGAUGGAAGCCCCGCUUAUCGGUUCUCUCAUCACGUCUUUCUUGAAGCACAAGAACGGAGUCACCGAGAUGUUGAGGAAUACUGUGAUUCCCGAGCGACCAAUGUUUCGGCCUGAGUUCCCACCUCAAGACCCAGAGACAGGUGUAGUUGUCUUGGAUGAAGACAGACAUCCUAUUGCUCGUCUUGAGGCAGCCAUGGAGUGCCUUCCAUUAUAUGAUCCCUCUCGCCACUGGAAUCCUGACCGCCCUUCUAAUUUUUUGUAUUGGACAAUUCGUGAUUAUGCACAUGCUUAUCGAUCUGAUAUCACAACUCCAUUAAUUGUUGCGGAGCGCAUCAUUUCUGCUGUGGAUGAAUUUAAUGGCAAGAAGCCACCUGUGCCACUUCUGAUCUCUUUUAAUGCAGAUGAAGUGAGGAAGCAAGCUGCAGAUUCCACAGAAAGAUUUAGAGCAGGAAAUCCCUUAUCCAUCAUAGAUGGUGUCUUUAUUGCCAUUAAAGAUGAUAUAGACUGCUAUCCACACCCAACUAAAGGUGCUACAACAUGGUUUCACGAGGUUCGCACUGUCAAGCAAGAUGCGGUAUGCGUUUCUAGAUUACGAAGUUGUGGUGUGAUACUUGUAGGAAAGGCGAACAUGCAUGAGCUGGGGCUUGGAACAACUGGGAACAAUCCCAAUUAUGGAACGGCAAGAAAUCCAUAUUCAUUCGAAAGAUACACAGGUGGUUCUUCCUCUGGUCCUGCAGCACUUGUUGCAUCUGGAAUAUGUUCUGCAGCUGUAGGGACAGAUGGUGGAGGUUCAGUUAGAAUUCCGUCUUCACUUUGUGGCAUUGUGGGACUGAAAACAACAUUUGCACGAACAGACAUGACAGGGUCAUUAUGCGAUUGUGGAACUGUUGAAGUUGUUUCUCCUCUUGCUGCCACAGUUGAGGAUGCUAUGCUGGUUUAUGCAGCAAUGGCAGGCUCCUCUAAAGCUGAUAGAAUCAGUCUGAACCCAUCACCCCUCUGUUGUCCAAAUCUAUCUUCAAGUAAUAAUUUGAACAUCUUACAAUCAGUGAGACUGGGAAAAUACACUGAGUGGUUUAAUGAUGUAUCAAACAAUGAUAUCUCAAAUAAAUGUGAGGAUGCUGUUAAUCUUCUUUCAGCAAACUUUGGGUGUCAGAUAAUAGAGAUUACAUUACCAGAGAUAGAAGAAAUGCGGACUGCCCAUGUAGUUUCCAUUGGUUCAGAAUCACUCUGUGGAUUAAAUGCUUAUCGUGGGGAAAGGAAAUAUUCCGAGUUAACACUUGAUACUCGAACUAGUUUGGCUCUUUUCCGGUCAUUCUCUGCGGCUGACUAUGUUGCUGCUCAACGCCUUAGGAGAAGGAUAAUGUAUUAUUAUAUGGAAGCUUUCAAGAAGGUUGACAUCAUAGUAACCCCUACAACUGGCAUAACUGCACCAAAAAUUCCAUUAAGUUCUCUUCAAUAUGGGGAGUCAAAUUAUGAGACUUCAGGGUAUCUCAUGCGGUUCAUACUAGCUGGAAAUCUUCUUGGGCUCCCAGCUAUAUCAGUGCCUAUUGGUUAUGAUAAGCAAGGACUUCCAAUUGGUUUGCAAUUAAUAGGACGCCCAUGGAGUGAAGCCAGCAUCCUUCGAGUGGCUUUUGCUGUAGAGGAACUCUAUCUAGGUCAUAGGAAGAGGCCUUCCCAAUUCUAUGAUGUUCUCCAAGCCACCUGAAAUGUCCCAUCUGCAUUGUAUGUAUUGUUCGCGCCAAUAAAAGAUUCAAGGGCCGGCACCUUCGGAGCCUUUCAAUUUUAAGAUGGGAUGAUGCUUAAAAGAAAUAUUCGUAAAAUAUCGAAGAUUUGGAUUUGUUGUUGUUGUUGUUGUUGUUGUUUGCCUGGUUUGUGUGUACCGCGAGGACACGUGUUCCUCAAAGCAAAUGGAGUUUUCAACAGAGAAAACCAAACUAAGGUUAUCUAUUCUGUGGGGAGAGAGA